AGUUUGCAUGCGAUUUGCACGUCUGCGGUUGGAGAAUAAGAAUAAAAAUAAAAAUGCAUGCAUGCAUGUGUGUGUGUCCCUGGGCGAAUCAGAGCGUUUUGGGUUUAGAUAUCCCGGUGUGUGCAGGCCGUGGAAUGUAACUCAACCCGACAUUUCAUCGCAUUGGCACCGAGGGGGCAAAAGAAACGGAUGUGGGCUUCUAAAUAAUUCAUCUAUCGGACUAUUUUGGUGACAGCAUUCACUUUUAGCUCUUGGGUAGUCGCAUCAAAUGUGGAAAUAAGGCAGUCGGGUAUUUCAAUUUCCUACUUUUUAUUUUUUGCCCCCCCCCCGGGGCCCGUGCCAACCCGGAGCUCGUGUCCUGCUGGGCAGCGGUGCGGGCACACACUCUCACCGGCCACCGCAGCUCCAACGCGGCCGUCCAGAUCACAGAGGCACCGGCGUCACAGCGGACCGACUCUUAUCAACCUGUAGUUCUGGGCAUUGCGAUAUGGCUCAGAUGCUGCAGAUGGCGAUUCCCAACUUUGGCAACAAUAUUUUGGAGUGUCUUAAUGAGCAGCGUCUUCAGGGUCUGUACUGUGACGUGUCAGUGGUGGUGAAGGGGCACACAUUUAAGGCCCACCGGGCAGUGCUGGCUGCCAGCAGCUCCUACUUUCGAGAUUUGUUCAACUCUGGAAUCAAGGGUUCUGUCGUGGAGUUACCACCAGCGGUCCAACCUCAGAGCUUCCAGCAGAUCCUUUCCUUCUGCUACACUGGCCGACUUAGUAUGAACUUGGGAGAUCAGUUUCUCCUAAUGUACACGGCAGGAUUCCUGCAGAUCCAGCAGAUUAUGGAAAAAGGCACCGAGUUCUUCCUAAAGGUCAGCUCACCAAGUUGUGACUCGCAGGGUUUUCACACGGAAGAAACACCGCCCUCAGAACCCCAGAGCCCUGUUACUCAAACCGGGUGUGUGGUCGCCACGGCGUCAGCUCGACCCGCCUCCUGCCUCACACCCCUUCCGCUGGUGUCAAGGAUGAAGACCGAGCAGCAACCUCAGGUCCAGCAGCCCCAACAAGAUGCAUCGUCGUAUUCGGUGGUUUGCACUCCAGUCGCAAAGCGUCUCUGGGAAGGGGGGAGCCGUGAAGGAGGUGGAGGAUCAGGUGGAGGGGGAGGAAUGAGGAAAGCAGCCCGCUAUUCACAGGAGGCGGCACGGGGAGUGGGUGGGGCACCGCCUCAAAGUGCAACCCAAUUGGCUGGAAGCGUUACCACUAACAGUAAUAAUAACAACAACAACAGCAGCAGCACGCCAGAGGGCACCAGCCCAGGCACCCCAAGCGUCUACACCAGUGACUCGCCAAUCUCUUACCACGAUGAUGAUGAAGAAGAGGAGAUUGCAGAUGACACGGCAGAAGAGCAGUACAGACAGAUAUGUAACAUGUACACCAUGUACAGCAUGCUGAAUGUAGGGGCAACAGCCAGUGAACGAGUUGAAUCCCUACCAGACCACCUCACAGUUGAAUCAAGAGGAAGGGGAGUUCGAGUGCGGCAAGAACUGGCCUCUCUUCCCACUGAGCUCAUUGCGCAGAUCGGAAACCGCUGUCAUCCUAAACUCUACGAAGAAGGUGACCCUGCUGAGAAACUGGAGCUAGUAACGGGCACCAGCGUCUUCAUUUCACGCGCUCAGCUGAUGAACUGCCAUGUUAGUGCGGGCACACGCCACAAAGUACUGCUCAGGCGGCUCCUCGCAGCCUUUUUUGACCGAAGCACUCUGGCAAACAGCUGUGGGACCGGCAUUCGGUCCUCCACAAACGACCCCAACCGCAAACCACUGGACAGUCGGGUUCUUCACGCUGUUAAGUUUUACUGCCAGAACUUUGCUCCUAGUUUCAAAGAGAGCGAAAUGAAUGCAAUCGCCGCAGACAUGUGCACUAACGCACGACGCGUGGUACGUAAGAGCUGGAUCCCCAAAUUGAAGCUCCUGAUGGCAGAAAGUGAUUCUUAUGCCAACUUCCUUCCGGACGCGGCCAAAAUGGAGUCUGACGGCUUGGGGGUGGAGCCUUCCUUUGAAACGGGCUCUCUGGAGGGUGGGACAGCCUCUGAAUCUGGCCAAUCGUCGACGGAUGCCCUGCAAGGGGUGAGCGGGGGACGGUAGCAGCUUGUUUUAGUGAGUAACACUACCAUGGUGACGCCAUCAGCUAUUCUUUACCCUCCACUCCUCCCAUCUAUUCCCAUGUUUCAUGGUGACACCAUGGCCGUUGAUGUCCUCCUGUAAAAGGGAGGAGAGUGGAGAAGAAAAGGUGUAUGGUUGUUGAAUCCCAUUUCCAUAGCUGGGGAUUUCUGAGAGUCUUUGGUUGUAGUCUUCAGAGUGGCCCUUCCUCUCCAUACAGCAGAAACACAUUCCCAAAGAGGAGGGACCCAUUGGGAACAUUGGGCUGAAUGGGAAAUGGGGGUCUGAUUUUGAAUGUAUCUUUUUGGAGAAUCCAGAAAUGUAAUGUUGCUGGACAUAAGAUUGUAUUCAUCUGUUGAUGUAUAUCUGGUCUCUGGACCACCAUUUCCUCUUUUUACCCAAUUUCCCAAGAACCGAAGAAAGACAAUUUGGUUUCUUUUAUCUUUUAAAUGUUUUUUUAUUUGAAUUGCAUUUGUAAUUGCUUGUAGUUUUUUUUUCUUUUUCUUUUUGCCAAGUAUGCACCUUUUUUGACUUGCCAAGUAUCCCAAGAGAGGCGGUUUGUUAGGAUGAUUGUUAUAUUUGAAACUACUGUUGGGUUUUGACACAGAGGGUCUGUGCUAGAUUCUCACCCUUUGAAUUAAUGAAUUGAGAAACUGUUCACUUGAAAAAUUGAAGGAGAAAAAAAAUAUAUUUUUGCAUUAGCAAAGUCCAAGAAUAAUUUUAGAUAUAUUAUUUUGGUAUAUUACCAAGGUUUAAUGCCGUUAUUAGGUUCAGUUCAAAUAUCUGUAAAGUAACUAAUCCCAAGAAGCUCCCAAACAUGAUCUCAAAUGUCUAAACCGCUAGCUUAAAUAUCAUUUAAGGGAUAGGGAUAGGUCACUCAAAAGUAAAAAUUAUGUCAUCAUUUACACAACUUCAUCUUGUUCCAAACCUGUACGACUUCCAUCUGUGGAACACAAUAGGAGAUGUUCGGCAGAAUGUUAAACUCAGUCAUUUUGAUUACAUCUUUUUUCAUACAAUGAAAGUGAAUGGUGACUGAGGUUAACAUUCUAACACCUUCUUUUGUGUUCCAUGUUUUCCAAGUUCCAAGUUAACAGGUUUGGAACAACACAAGGGUAAAUGAUGACUUUUUUGGGGUAAACUAUCCCUUUAAGGCAUUUCAUGUUUCUUAUUAUGUGCUUAAAGUAGAUCAGGACUGGCACCUGUGUGUGUGUCGUGGCUGCACGGUAUUUUACAGCUGACUGCUUCAUGCACCUAUCGCACAUUUGGGGUGAAUGCUGCUGCAUGGCGCAUUCUGCAUGCUACGCCUCCGCGCAUUUGACAGUGAUGCACUAAAUGCUCUGAUGAAGUGUGUCGAGUGCAGUAUUAGAAACUGGCACUGAACGGGCAUCAGUGCCGCAGCUACAGUGGUUCCAAACCACCAAAAACCGCUCUGAGAGUGGAUGGUGUUUUGUAGGUUGCUUUUAUGAAAAGUCAGUUUUUUUUUAAGCGUUUCUCUUGAUGGUUUUGUGUGUCGGGAUUCUGAAGAAGUUCUUGAAGUACUUGAGCACCAUAAAGAAGCAGUUGUGAGUGGUGAUCAACUUAUAUGUUUUUUUCAUGGAUUAUACUGAUAGCAGGGUGGCCGAUUGGCUGAUAUUGUGCCAAUUUAUAAUACCACUGAUGAAAUAUUCACACAGUGAAAAUGUGCACUAUACAUUGACACCUGUUGGUAGAUUUUGAAACUAGCAGCAGAAGUGAUCAUGCUGCCUAGUGUCAAUCAGACAUGGGUAUCUGCCGAUAAUCUAAAAAUGGCCAAAUAUUGGCCUAUUAAAGGAAUAUUUCGGGUUCAAUACAAGUUAAGCAUAAUGGACAGCAUUUGUGGCCAAUGGGUAAAUGUUAAAAUACUGUUUCAAAAGUUUAGCCACAAGAUGUAAACAAUAUGUGUGUUAACAUGAUUUUAGUGUGAUAAAAUCACUUAACCUUUUCUGUGUAAAGUUGUAUCCAAUUUUACAACUUUAUUGCCAUGACGACAUAACGGCGUAAACCCUUAAACGACUGUAAAAAAUGACAGUUUAACCCUUUAAGCUUGGAUGGGCCCACAAGAAAAGAAAAUAAUCAUCAAAAUAUUAACGACUACAGUCUUGACCAACACAAAAUUGGUAUCGUUUGAAAGCUUAGGAGCUCUACUUUCCAAUGCAUGUAGGAAUUAUGACCAAAACUGAACAAGUGCUUUGAAAUUUGCAGACAAAUCAGAAAUGUUCCGUUUUAAUAAUUUAUAAAAAAAAAAAAAAAAAAAAAAAUUGCACUGUACAUAAUAGUGCAAUCAGUAAAAACAUUAAACUUGUAAAAUAGGCAUGUGUGUCAUGUGUUGUUGGAAAGCUCUCAAAGAGUAGAAUACAACAGGCCUAAUAGCUAAAUAUAUAUCUUUGAAAAUUAUGUUGUUGCUUAUAUGCCGCGUGUUCCCUUAUAACUUCACGAAAAUAAAUGGAACAUAAAAUAUCACAUAACAUUAUUUAGAGGAGGUGAUUAUCUUUCAAACAAGCCCACACACAAGGUAAUCAGAUGCAUAGAUCAUUAGAUAGUCCACAUGAAGCACAAUGUUACAUAUGGCCACCAGGAGAUGGCACCAAAUACAUGACACAGACUCAAUGAUGACUCAAAUGACACAGAAUGAAACUCAUUCUGUGAAAUCUAAUUACUAAAAUCAUGUCUGCAUGCUAUGCAAACCUUUAGACAUUGGCUACGUUUACAUGCAUCCUCAUAAUGCGAUUAUAAUGCGAUAAAGGCAAUACUGUGAAUAAACUGUAGCUCAUGUAAACAGAAUAUUGCAAUUAUGCUAAUAAUCAGAGUAAUUAAAAGAUAUGUGGAGUACUCCUAUUUUACUCACUUUAUACUGGCAUGUAAACGCUUUAAUCACAUUUCUUUCACUCUGACCGAAAUGCGCCUGUACCAGUGCUGCAGACGGAUCAUGUUCAACUCGUGCACAGGUUCGAAAACAUCACGAAACAGAAGAAGCUGCACUUACUUUUCGGCUCCAUGUAAAACGGCAGUUCCUUGCACAGUUUUCCAGCAGUGGUGCUCCCCCAUCUACAGCCCCACGGCAAAAGAAAACAUAUUUUCUUGAGUUGUGAAUGUCCAUUUGCAGUCUGAAUUGAAUGUUGGGGAGAUAAAAGGCCAUAUGCCACAAAAUAAUGGGAAGGAAACACGUCUUUCAAAUGAGUUUAUGCUCGCGAGCGAAUCACAACAACAUCCAUCAUGUGUAGUCCGAUUCACACACAAAUGACUCUUAUGAACCGAUUCUUUUUAGUGAAUCAAAACAGACAGCUCAUCCAGUGUAGUCGUAAAUGACUCCUAUGAAGUGGUUCUUUUAAUAAAUCAUUCAAAAAGACUCACAAAUUGACUGACUCAUUUGCUUAUGCCAAGCUGUAUUUAAAGAGACAUGUUUGCAACAAUUUUUUUGUAAUAUUCAUUUAUAAAAAAGUGAAACAUCACAUUUCUCAGCACAUAAUCAGAGUAAUGGCACAUAGCAUGCCAUUGGGAUUGAAGUGGUGAUUGAGCUUAACGUGUAUUGAACCCAGAAUAUUCCUUUAAUCACUAGUUAUAACCUCGGGUCUGGUAAUGAGAGGUGACCAUGACAUUGACCAGCAGUCCCAACACUACAGACAUAGAGAAUAUUUAAUGGUUUAGAUUUGAGACCAUUAGGACAGUGUAAGAUUCCCAAAGUAUGACCUGCAUGGCUAGGUGGUUUAAGCACGUUUAGGUCUUUUGUUUGUAGGAAAUGUGUCCUGUAAUAAUGGACUAGAUUAUUUGUGUUUGUAGUUAGGGCUGAGAAACACUGUGGUUUGAACAUGUGUGAACUAGAUCGGCUCACACCUCCAAAAGCAUUACAGAGGCAAAAAACACUUACCACUGUAGUAGCCAUGAUAAUAUACAAAAAUGUCCAGUUUUAAAGACCCCAUGAAAUCCUUUUCCUGCAUUGAUAUAUUUCCUAUUGAAACAGGAAGCCACAAAAAACUGUCAUGGGGUCUUUAACCUAAAUAAUGAAAUCAUUAGAGUUCUGUUAUCAGAAUCAGCUUUAUUGCCAAGUAUGCUUACACACACACAAGAAAUUUGUCAUGGUGACAGAAGCUUCCAGUGCAAAUGCAACUGUAUAUGCAUACAUACAAACAUGUAAACAUUUAGUGACAUAAAAAUUAAAAAAUAAGAUAUAACAGAUGAAAAGAGAGAAAUAUACAAUAGGGCAAUAAUUUUGUCCUAAUUUUUUAUAUACAGAUAUACAGUAAUGUGCAGGUGAUGUGAUGUAUUCAAGAAGAGGUAGGAUAUGUUAAAAAAUAUAAAUGAAAUAUAGAUAUAAGUAGGAAUGGAUGGAUUGAAUAUUGCACUUGGGAGCAGUUUUAACUGUUCAUGAGGUGAAUGGCUUGAGGGAAAAAACUGUUCCUGUGUCUGGCUGUUCUAGUGCUCCGUAGCGCCGGCCAGAGCACAACAGUUCGAAAAGGAAGUGUGCUGGGUGAAUAUUAUUUGUGGGUUUUAACCCUUGUGUUGUGUUCAUUUGUGCUAACACCUUUUGUGUUCCCGGUCAAAAAUGACCGGCCCACUAAUAUUGUUAAUAAAUCUCUCAUAUUGCAAAUGUUAUAGUAAAAUGUAAGAUAUUGCAUUAGUAAUUAUGAUUUCUU